CGCCUUUUGAGUGUUCUUUAUCUGUGUCAGAGGAUUCAUCGCGCUUUCGUCUCGGAAGAGCCGUGAGGUACCCACCUCAGGGCACUCCGCGCUCCUGCGUGUGUGGGAGAGACGAUUUCUGCUCGAACGUCGCGCCGCGCCGCGCAGUGCGUGCAAAAAAUCGAGCAAAACGGCGGCUGAAUGAAAAUGAUUCGGCGGCGCUGAUUGUCUCGUUCGUCCUGAGCGUUGCUGCUCAUUAUCGACCGCGCAUCACAACAGAAAUCAACGCGUGCAGAGAUGCCGUCUUUCUUUUGAGGUGUGUUCACGGGACACAGGGUCUAGUUCGCCCGACUAACGGCGGCGAAAGCGCACCCGACGACAGGGUUUGUUUUCGGCAACCCUGGCGAUGCCUUCCGAUUUAGAUGGCGAGCUUCUGAAGGCUAUCUUGGAGGAGUCCACCCUGCCUAGGGCGGUGCGUGGUGUCGCGAGCAGAUUGGUGGAAGAGUUGGAAGCGACCGUUUCAGGUAUCCCGGCGCAAGACCUGAAGUAUUCACCCGCCGCGCACUUUCGCACCGCUCUCGGACAUUCCUCUGAAGGGGCCACGAAAAAAUUAAAGUUCACCGCGCCCGAUCGCGUCGGUCUCGCGGGAAGUGUCGUCUACGGUGGUUGCCUGAGGACUUCCGGGUUCACAGUUGUGGAUGUUAAGGUUGAUGUUCCGAAAGCUUUUUUUCAAGAGAAAGACUAUCUCGACCACAGGUAUCAUGCUAAAAGGCUGGCAUACUUGCAGGUCUUGCAUGAACACCUGUGCCGCGCGGAGUGGGUAGCUAGCUCGACGACAUCGACGCAUCACGCGGACGUUCGCAAACCGUGCCUUCUCGUCAGAGCCAAAAAGUCGAGUGACGUCUGCCUUAGAGUGCUUCUCACAGCCCCUGCGGAUGCAUUUCCUGUCGCGCGACUUCAGCCAGAUAAAGCGAAUCUCCGGAACUUAGAUGACGAGGACGGAGACCGUUCACCGAGUCCGCACUACAAUCAAACCAUUCUAGAAGACAUGUUCACAGAAGAGCAUGCGAGGUACUUUCAAAAAGCUGCAAGCGUGGCGGAGCACUUGGAGGACGCGUGUGUGCUCAUGAAAGUUUGGGCUGCGAGACGCGGAAUGCUUGGGGCUCCAGAUGGAUUUACCGGAUUUGUGCUGUCGAUGUUACUAGCGCAUCUGGUAAGUACGGGAGGAAAAUUGAGCCCUCUUAUGGACGCGCUGCAACUUGUCAAGGGCGCUCUGAUACUCUUGUCUGAUCCUGUCGUCGUCUCGCGGGGGUUCUGGGCUGAUGAUGCCGCGAGGAAAAAUGUUGCCGCUUGGAGAAACUCAUUUCCUCUCGUGUUCUUAGGGCCCUGCGGCUGCGUGAAUAUCGGAUCUCGAAUCUCGAAGAGUGCGCUCGCCGAGUUCAUCCACGAGGCGGCGUUAUCUUCAGCUGUACUUGAGCGAGGCGGUCGGAUGGCAUUUGAGCAGGUCUUCUUAGUGACCUUCAGCCCAGCCGCACGGUACGACAUUCACAUGCACGUGACUUUAGACCGAAAUAAGCACAUUUCUUCGGGCGGUUGCGAUACCGACGUUGUCACUUGGCGCGAUUACGAGGCUCGGAUACAUGACAUAGUCGCGAGUGCGGUAGGUACACGAGCGAAAUUGGUUCGCGCGCAGCAUCAACCGUUGGUGGAUUCAUCCGAUAUUCAUCUCUCGCAGAAUGAAGCACGCGCGGCGACGAAGAAACGUAAGAACACCGAACCAAGUCAUGCCGAAGUUUCGGACAAAUCCAACAUGUUAAACGUGUGGAUUGGAAUCAUCCUUGAUCCAGAGACUGCGUUCAGGCUGGUUGACAUAGGACCGAGCUCAGACGAUGAUAAGCUCGCGAAAAAGUUUCGCACGUUUUGGGGGGAUCGCGCAGAGCUUAGAAGAUUCAAGGACGGACGCAUAUGCGAGUCCGUGGUAUGGGAUUCUACUCCGCACAGUCAACGUCAUCACAUACCGGCGCUCGCAAGCGAAUACGCUCUGAAGCGAAAUUUUGACGCGAUAGAAAAAGUGGAAUGGAGUUGCAGUCUUCUGGAUCCCACGUUGAACUGCAAACAAAACAUCAGCAGCGACAAAUUGAAGGAGUCUUCACCGACUGCUCUUCUUCAGUGCUUGGACCGCUUAGCGAAGCGAAUGAAAGAUAUGAAAGAGAUGCCUCUGAAAGUUGUGAACAUACAACCGCUGAGUGCGGCGUUUCGCGGAACAGAUCCUUUCCCGCCUCAACAACAUCAACUCGCUUUCGGCGCCGGUAUCGGGUUGGGUCGCAGUGAUGAACACAUGCCAGUCUGCCCGAAGACGCUUGAUGUCCUCGUGCAGCUCGAAGGAAGUGGACGUUGGCCAGAAAACAGCACCGCGAUAAAUAAGACAAAGGCUGCGAUGGCUCUGAAGAUUGCAGAGCAGCUCCGUUCGAGUUACGCGACUCCUACCGUCGUCGCUGAAGAAGCAAUCGACAUACUACACGAGGGAUAUGCGUUCCGUCUGAAUAUCAACUCGACCGCUGGAGGAGCGAAUAACGAAGCCGCUGAGUUGCAUCUCAUAAAGGGUGCCGCGCACGCUGGGAUGAUUUCCACGAUAUAUGCACGUUUUCCGGCGUAUGGUCCAGCCACUCAGGUCGCAAAGCGUUGGAUUUCCGCACACAUGCUCUCGUCUCACAUCGGCGGUGAAAUAAUCGAAUUAUUGGUCGGAUAUCUCUUCUUGCACCCUGGUGCGGUGGAGCCCCCGCACUCACGCGAGGUGGCAUUUGUUCGCUUUUUGGAUCUGAUCGCGUCGCACCCCUGGAACGUGUUACCUUUAUUUCUCGAUCCGGACGACGAGGUUACGCUCGAAGCGAUGCAAGGCCUCGAAAGGAAGAUGGACAGUCCCGAGUCACCGACGAUGUGCAUUCCGACUCCAUACGAUUCCGAUGGAGACAUUUGGACGCGGCACGGACCAGCGGCAGUGGUGUUGAAGCGCGCCCAAUUGCUAGCGUCGAGGGCUUCGAUUCGUUUGAGGUCGCUUCUUCAAGGUCGUAAUAGCACCAUUUACAAGUCUCAGGAUGAGGACAUCACGGAGCUAGGGGAUUCGUCCGCGUGGGAAUCGAUGUUCACUCCUGCGCUGACGCACUUCGACAUCGUGCUCAAGCUACGUAGGGCGGCUCUUCCCUUUCCUGAUCACGCGUUGUUCACGGCUAAACAAAUAAAACGCCGAGUCAUUAAGGAGUUGGGAGUCGAUCCUGACACUUUUCAGAUGGCAGAGCACGGUAGUAAAAGAGGUCUACAGCUCGCGAGUAUGCCUGAGAAAGUAAUCACUCGCGGGCCAGACAAGGCAAGAGCGGCGAUGCUAAUUGGCUUCGAUCCACUGCAGUGCUAUCUCAGGGAAGCGGAGCGUCGACUGGGUGGCACCGCCUUAUUUUUCGCGGACAAGUACGGAGGAGAUCUCAUCGGUGUUGCACUCCGACCAUCGCUCGCACACCACGAGGCGCAGCUUCCCGCUUCGCUCGGCGAUUUUGAUCCUCUCGGCGAUUUUAGUUCUCCAGCACCUCCGAGCGUUGAAGAAAUCAUGGACGAUUUACUGUUCAUUGGUAAUGGCUUCGUGCAAGAUGGAUACAAGACAAAGUGAGUUGUGAUAAUGUUUCCUUCAAUAUAGACUAGCCUAGAGACAAAUGAACGGAAGCAAAAGAUACUCG